GGAGAGCAUGGCAGCAGGAGCCACAACGCUGCUUACUUGGUUUGCAACACCGCUUUUUGCGCGCUCUCGGUUACGUGGCGGAGCCGCUCGUCAGGGGACAUUUAACCUGAAGAUUGCGCACAUUUACACGAGAGGUUUGUCAUUUGCGUUGUUGUUCUCGGCCGCCCGGAUAGGAGUGAUCGAGCAGCUGCGGAUUCAGACGGAGCUCAAGCUGCUGGUUUGAGUGUUUCUUGGUGAUCCACUGAGAGCUGGAGGAGAGGUCCCGAGCUGGUGAGAGCGACGGCACAAGGACUGCGUUUCUAUUCUUUUUUUAAUUAUAUCCGCACCUGGGAACAUUUAUUCUGAUUUUUCUACUAUAUACAUGUAAAUUUUCUGUACUGUGUAGGCUAUGCAGCGCUGCCUCCCGUUUUGAACAUUCAUUGCGAGUUGGAGAAACUGUUGGCUGCGCGGCGCGGAGUUGAGCCGUGGCUUAAGCAGUAAUUUUGCGUCGUGUCUUUUACUUAAAGUAGAUUUGAUUCAUAUUUAAGCGAGCGCAGAGGAAAUGAUCUGACUGUUAAACCCAAAACCGCUGCUUUAAAUGAAGAAGACGGCGUUUAAGCUUCAGUUUUUGUGAGAUUCAGAAGAAAGAGCUCCAUCUUUAAGGAAAUAAAAGUGGACUGUCAUCCUUACUAAUCACAAACGUUUCACCACCACCGCAUACACAAGAGCCUUUAAACUUGAACCGGGGGGGGGACUUUCAAUCGAUUUCUGCUUCACCGGAGUUCCACAGCAAUUAUGCCGCAGGUGGAAAUGAUCCUCUUCCUCAUCCUCAUCAUUGGGAUGUGCGUGUACGGCCAGGACCCGGCUUCCAAGGUGGUGUCCGACCGCUACGCCGUGUUCUGGAACAAGACCAACCCCAAAUUCUACCGGGGUGAUUACCACAUCGACGUCUGCAUCAACGACUACCUUGACAUCUACUGUCCGCACUACGUCAGCUCGGUUGCUGAUGAUCGGGCGGAGCGCUACGUCCUCUACAUGGUGAACUACGACGGCUACAGCUCAUGCGACCACACCGCCAAGGGUUUCAAACGCUGGGAGUGCAACAGGCCUCUGUCGCCAAACGGACCGCUGAAGUUCUCAGAGAAAUUCCAGCUCUUUACUCCCUUCUCCUUAGGCUUUGAGUUCCGCCCUGGCAGAGAGUAUUAUUAUAUCUCUUCCAUCUCUGACGACAGAGGAAGAAGGAGCUGCCUUCGACUCAAAGUCUUCGUCAGGCCUCAGAACAAUUGUGUGAAAAACUCUGGGACUGUGGAGGAAGGAGUCAAUUUUGAUGAUAACAGCCACAACUCCCUAGAACCCGGAGAUGGCGUUAGUCACGAGUCACCAGAGCCAGCAAGAAGAAACGUGAACUCUGCUGGUCGGUGCCAGACUUCAGCUCUCCUGCUCAGCUCCACCCUCAUGCUCCUGGCUGCCAUCUUGUCUUUAUAGCGGCGAGUUGUAGAAAUCAGGGAUGGACUGGACCACAGGCCGCUCUACCCUGCAACCUCUCCCCUCAAGGAGCACUUUUUAAAAAAAAAUUAAUAAAAAAAAAAAGAAAUACAACAAAUCACUGACAAUCUCUCAUUACAAAGAGAGAGGAAGGGACUUCGGUGCUGAAGCCUUCGAUGUUUUUUGACUUUGUAAAAUGCCAACUAGUUUGAUUUUUGACUUUCUGGCGAGUGCCGACGGUUGUGGCGCCCUGCGGCGAAAGGGUCUUUUACCGGUUCGCCUUGCUACCGUUCAAAGUAUGCAGAUAUUACACCUUUUUUUUUUCUUUUUGCAUAUAAAACAAGCACAGAAACAUGCUUUGAAACACAUAAACACACGGGACACAAUGUCUACACAAUCAGUACACUUUCUAGCGCGAAUGGCAAAGAAGCACAGCAGGACCCCUCAGAAGUUUACAGAUGAACUGUGUUUUUUUUUUUGUUGUUGUUUUUUUGUUUUUUACAUUACAUAACCUCCAACAUGUAACAUGAUUAAAUAUCACUUCAAAGCAUAAGAAGAUCCUGGAGCGACACAUCAGCAGAAAGGAAAACCAGGAAGGAUGAUAUUUGUGGCGUGGAGGUACCGGGCAGGCCUCUGAUGGAUUAACCUUUCUCUCAGGUUAAAAAGGAUGCAUUGUCUCAGACUGUGGAGGACCCUUAUUGAGAGAUUUAAAAAAAAAAAGGAAAAGUUAAAGAAGCACUCAUCUUUUAGUGUUUGGAUGGGGGGGGGGGCGAUUUCAAUGGUUGAUUAAUGUAUGUGUUUGUUUAAUUUUUUUUUAACAAAUCACAUAAUUCAAUUGUAGCAGCCGACACGGGUGUACAGUAAAAUAUUGAAGCAGAGCGUAGAAGUCGAUACAGUUUUUUUUUUUUUUUUUUUUUGCCUGGCAAAAUGUAUUUUCCUAUUUAUUGUGAAGUCCUUGUGCUUUUUUUCCUGUUCUGGUCCGGUCUGUAAGUACAGUAGAAAGGCAAUAAAAAACAAACACACUUACCCGUUAAGUUAGUUUAUAUUACCCACAGUUCAUUUGAUACUAUUAAAGAAAAAAACUGUUUUAUGUAUCUGUUUGGACUGCUCGCUGAUGAUGGGUUUUCAUUGUUUUUAACAAAGUCUGGGAAGAAGAAGAUGAAGAAAAAAAAAGUCUGAUGUGCUAUCAGGGUGUAGAAAUCAUAGAAUAUUUGUGUUUGAAAUGUCAUUAAUGAAUGUCACAAAUGUAGUUUUACUGUUACACUAUUGUUUUUGUGAAUCACUGUCAUAACACAAAACUAUUGUAAAUAGAAGGCAAAGUUCAGGGAUGUGUCCAUGCCCAACAUGAGGUUUUGUUUUGUUUUUUAAAAUCAGGGAGGCUCUCUUCCUCGAAUAAAGCAGAAAUUUCAUGUGGCGAAAAAGUUUCAGUGAGACGGUGAGCGAGUUAACAAAGCAGGUGGAAGAAGUGGGCGUAGGAUGGUUGGGACUGUGAUUCAUUUACUCUCUUUGAUGUCGUGUUAAGUGGCGUCUGUACAGAAAAUACACCGUGGGCACCCUCGUACCAGUUAUUUCUGGAAUGAAAAAAAAUCGACCACCAGGGGAGAUGGAAUAAACAGAAGGUGGUGUCCUGUUCUCUGGGGGCAAACGGAAACUGACCCGAGAGCGGGGAAAGAGAAGAAGAGGGUGAGAUGUGAAGCGCUGUAGUGCUCCCUGCUGAGAUCAAUAAUGCUCUUCUAUUUUCUCCUCAUGCAGCAGGAACAUGUGGUAAACAGAUCCUACCUUCACAUUCACUCAGCGCCAAAUAAAACAGCCCAGCUAAUGCCACUGCUAAACAACACCUGUAGUACCUGCUUGCUGGAAGAGUGUCAGGGCCACUUUUUUUUUUUUUUUUUAAAGAUAAUAAUCACAAUACUAAUUUUUAAGCUUCAGAGUUACAAAUAAAGAUGAGAAUUUAAGAAUAUAACAAAAUUAAAUAGUAUGAUGUAUCAUUAAAAAGCCACUAGAACAAAGCACAAUUUUACAUGUAACUAUAUGAAAGUAAACAUGUACAAAUUUACUAGUAAUAUGAAAACUUACCAGUUUAUUCCCAUAAAAAUUAAAGUACUGCAACAUCUUUUCCCCCUUAAAUGGACACGUCAAACUAAACUGAAACAUACAUUUACGUUGUUCAUCUGGCUACGGUACUAAAUAUCCAUUUAGAUCAUUUCGGUUUAAGUUGCCCUGGUUUAGAGAUGAACUACAGAGAUGUCUUAUUUCUCUUGAAUAUAUUGGAACUAAAUGACAAGAGCCUUGUGCUCAAGAUGCUAGACACAUUUAAAAAACUUGGGAGAAAUUCAUCUUUAAAAAGAUCUUUCUACCAAACUACACCAGCCAAGCAAAGAAGGUGUCCAGCUAGCUAACGACACCUUCAGCUGAGGCCGGGCGCCAUGUCACAAACACGUGCUUUGGUCGCAGGUAGACGGUGAUAUGGUUGGUAGGUGUACAGUUCCUGCGUGACUAAUCAAAACAAAGUUUAUGGGCUGUUUUUUAAAUAAGCAGGUUAUGAUGCCUAGAAAAAGAUGCUGCUGCAGCUUUUUAAAUAUAUAUUUUUGGGACUUAUUUUUGGUUCUGUUAUAGGUAUCUGCAUUAUUAUUAUCUCAAAAACCUUUAAUGGCUGGGGUUAUGAUUUCAAUCUAUAUGGAUAAAUAGUGCCACAAAUCAGAGGAAAUAUAUAUAAGUUUGAUUUGGGGGGUGAACUGUCCCAUUAAAAGUGGCCCUAACACUGCAUUACAGUGCAAAAAAAAAACCCUCUUUGACAUAAGAAAAAAAAAACAAUUUAUAACUUUUUAUAUAGUUUAUAAGUUGCUUGCUUAAAGGGCCAAGACGAGACCAAAAAGAACAAUACUGACUUUUAGUUUUCCUUUGAUCCUCUGUGCCUGGCAAAUACAAGGACCACACCUUCAGAAUGUAAACUGAAGCUGAUGUGUAAAAUUGGUGGAGUGUCCCUUUAAAUGAUAACGUAUUUGUUCUACAAUUACUUCCUUCAAAUUACAAUAUAGUGCGCUUUUUUGUUAGUUUGAUUCUGUUGUCGCUUUCCCUCAGGAAGACAAAAGGCAGAAGAAUGGGUUUUAUUUGUUUCUUUAAAUAACAAUAUUUGCAUUAAAUAAUCUCAGAUUAGAGUAUUUGCUGUCUUUGCCAUUGCCAUGUUUUAUUUCCUUUAAAAAAUGGGAUCCUAUUCCUGCUGCAUUACUAUAUUUUUGAGCUCAAGUAAAGUAGCUUCGAAAACUAACUUUGUCUUAUUGCUGCCUGAAACAAGCCAUUAUAGCGCCUCUCUCUUAAAGGUCACCCUCCCUUUAACUUUCUUCUGAUUGGCUGCCGCUCACAAACAAGUUGGAAACUUGGGCUUAGAUGACCAUAUUAGGAUUAUCCGCACUCUGUGACAUCACAGAGAGCCAAAAGAGGAGAAACCUGUCUGAAACAGAGUGCGUAGAGCAGUCUAAAGCCUGAGCUUUCGGCUCACAUGAAUUACUUAUACAUGCUGAUGUCAUUUGAAACUUUAGCCAUACUUAAUGUGAACAUCCACUAUUGUGAUAGUAUAUAUAUGACAGAAAAUGAGGGAGAAAAAAAAGGCAUAUGAGGUCUUAUUAAAAACUGAGAUGAGAAUGUGAGGGAGACAAGAACAGAGUGUAAAAGCAUUAUUAUUUUCAGGAGGACCAGGAAAUUCAUAAUCUGAGGUGACAAGUUAUUAAUAAAGCGGCACAAGGGAAGUACACCGAGCACCUGAAGGGAUUUUUUUUUUCGGGAGCUUAGAUUUAUUUAUUUCCUCCUAACACAGCCUCGCCACACCAUAAGCACUGGUACCUUUUAGCUUGGCCAACAUUAAAAGUCCACCAUCACUGAAAUUAUCGCCUUCAGCCACACUAUGUUGAACCCCCCCCGAAACAAUCUGUUUUGUGGAUACUGUGUAUCCAACAGUCAGUCUGUUGUAACAUACAGUGUUAUUUUUUCUUUUCCCCCUCCUUCCACACCUUUUUUAAAGGGCGAUUUAACUGACACAUUAAUGUUAUUUAGAAAGAAAAAAGUUUAAUACAAACAAAUGCAGACUUUCAUUUUAUAUGUCUUUUAUACGAACCAAGAAAAACAAACAGGAUCAUCGUUGCACCCUCUGUAUCUGUAAAAUAUGUUUGUGCAAAUGUGGCACAUAUCAAACAUGCAGUACAGUUACAAUCAUGACUCGGACAGCCUGAAGAGAGAGACCAAACGGAUGUCCAAGAGCUCAAAUAUCUGUGUUCCUUUUGUUUUGUUAAAGCAGUCUCGAUCAUUUUAUCAUCGCAUCCAGAGUGUCUUUAAAGGUGGAGGAUGUUCUUUAUUUCCGUUUGCUUAUCUGCACCUCCAGCUGUUUCCGACACGUAACAACGAUUAUCGGUGUAAAAGCUCACUGUGUUUGUGGCAGAAGAAGACAGUCCCACAUCAAAUGCUGAUGUUUUAUGUGUUUUUGAACAAACUGUGCUGCAGGGAGGGCAGGUAAUGUGCUCUAACCUAAUUCUGUUACAAUGUAGCUUGAAGCUAACGCCACUGUUUGCAGCAUCUGUUUCCCAUCCUCCGUGUCUGAAAUACAGAUGGGUGCUUUUUUUUUUGUCGGUCCAUCUAGGAAUGGGAAGCUUUUUGUUAGCCACAACUGUGUUUUUCCCUCCCCCAAGUAGACGUGGGUGUGCCACCAAACUGCACAUUUCUUUUAACAUUGUAGUAACUGUACCUUGUGCCUAUGAGUCCCAUCCUCUCCUGUACUCAUCUAAACUAUUCUAAUGUCUGUUUCCUGCUCAGUCCUUCACUAGAAUUUUUCUACAAAAAAAAAAAAAAAAAUAGGGCAAUUUCUUUGUAAAUACACGUGUUGGAGCAGCUA